UUAGCAACUUAAUAAUAAAAUACAAAAAGGCAACCCCGGGCAGAGAGAGGCUAAUUUAAUAACCAGGACGACGUUCAUCUUUGUCCACAGAUUGAUUGUUUUCUUCCCAACUCUCCUCCCUUCUCCAGAUUUUAGCUGUCGAAUUAUUCGAAACAUUUUUAAAAUCUUCUCUCUGGAUUCUACUCGCCUUCUCCAACUUGCUUCUCAGUCCUUGAGCUAACUAGCUGCGAAGAAGAAGAGGAAGAAGAAGGAAUUUAUUGAUGGCGGCCCCUUCUUCGUCGAAUCCACUUUUCUAUGGAGCAAGAUCAGAAGAAGAUCAUCAAAACCAGACGAAACAACAGCAACAGCAGCAACAACAACACCUUUCGUCCAUGCCUACUUCUUCGACUACCCCAGCAGCCACCACGGCCUCACAGAAGAAAAAGAGAAACCUUCCCGGAACUCCAAAUCCGGAUGCGGAGGUAAUAGCAUUAUCACCCAAGACACUGAUGGCGACGAACCGAUUCAUUUGCGAGGUCUGUAACAAAGGGUUUCAGAGAGAGCAAAACUUACAACUCCACAGAAGAGGACACAACCUUCCGUGGAAGCUGAAGCAGAAGUCAACAAAAGAAGUGAAGCGAAAGGUUUAUCUAUGUCCCGAGCCUACUUGCGUCCAUCACGACAGCUCCCGAGCCCUCGGAGACCUCACCGGAAUCAAGAAACACUUCUCCCGCAAGCACGGUGAGAAGAAGUACAAGUGUGACAAGUGCUCCAAGAGAUAUGCUGUGCAAUCCGAUUGGAAAGCUCAUUCGAAAACCUGCGGGACGAGAGAAUACAGAUGUGACUGUGGCACUCUCUUCUCAAGACGCGACAGUUUCAUUACGCACAGAGCCUUUUGUGACGCUUUGGCGCAAGAGAGUGCGAGGCACGUCCCUCCUGGCCUCGGCUCGAUUGGUAGUCAGAUGUUUGGAAACAAUCACAUGACGAUGAAUUUAUCUCAAGUCGGGAACCAGAUUUCGUCGAACAAUAUGUUACGGCUUGGCACUCCUGGCGCUACAGCGAAACUGGAGCAACUUAUUCCUUCGUCGAACAAUAUGAAUUCUUCGUUAUUCGGGGCUCAGACUCCACAAUCCAUGUCCUCGUCUCCUUUUUUCAUGAAUCAAGAUCAUUCAAAUCAAGGUUACCAUGAAAUGCAGAAUAAGUCGUUUCAUCAGGGGCUGAUGCAGCUUCCUGACCUCCAAAACAAUGCGAAUAGCAGCAACAACUCGCCAAGCUACAACAACUUGUCAUCCCCAAGCUACUUAAUGCAGCCUGAUCAUCCGUUCAACAGCGGAAAUGCCAGUGGAGGCCAAGGAACGAACCUUUUUUCGGGUGGUGGUAAUAAUUCAGGACUCUCUUCUUCGCUUUAUAACAACAAUAACCAUGAUAGUCAAGCUCCUCCACAUAUGUCCGCAACUGCAUUGCUUCAGAAAGCGGCUCAAAUGGGCUCCACCACAAGCAACACAAGCGCUUCCUUACUCAAGGGUCUCGGAAGCAGCACCUCAUCCAUGAACGGUGCCAACAAAUAUUCAAGAAGCUUCAGCGUCAACAGCGAGAACAUAGAAACCAAUCAGCUCCAAGGACUAAUGAAUACGCUGGCAAACAGCAACUCCUCGUCUUCAAUGUUCGGAGGAACUGACCAACAAAACAACAACUUUGGAGGAUUCAGCGGUGCUAUGAGAAUCGAACAACAGCAACAACAACAGCAACAACAACAACAUCAGAAUGUUGCUAAUUACGGAAACAUGGACGAAGCAGCUAAAAUGAAUCAUAAUUUUUCAUUAAGCAUCGGAGGGUCUGACAGACUGACGCUUGAUUUUCUCGGUGUUGGGGGCGGGAGAGUCAGUCGAAACGCGGGCGGCGGAUUUUCACAGAGAGAGCAUGCAGCGGCGGCUGCGGCAGCCGGCAUGGGGAUGAAUCCUUUGGAACAUCAGAAAAUGAAUUCUUCGCAAGGAAGUCAUAACGUUUUCGGAGGUUCUCAGUUGCAGUGACUAUUAAAAGACGUUGUUAUAGUCAAAGGUAAGGGUAAUUAAGUGUAGCGUCAAAACGUUAAGCUUGAUACAUUUAUUAUUUCGUUCAGUAUCUUAUAUUAUAUCUUCAAGAAACAUUUUUCCAACAC